UAGGCCCCGCCCCGCCUCGAGCUUCCGGUUGGAGUUUCAGGGGCUCUAGGCCACUGACAGCUCAAAGUGCACGAAUCAACAGUCAUGUCCGUGACCUUGGGUUACUGGGACAUUCGCGGGCUGGCUCACGCCAUCCGCCUGCUCCUGGAAUACACAGACUCCAACUAUGUGGAAAAGCUGUACUCCAUGGGCGACGCUCCCGACUAUGACCGAAGCCAGUGGCUGGAUGAAAAAUUCAAGUUGGGCUUUGACUUCCCCAAUCUGCCCUACUUAAUCGAUGGGCCUCACAAGAUCACCCAGAGCAAUGCCAUCCUUCGCUACCUGGCUCGCAAGCACAACCUGUGUGGGGAGACGGAAGAGGAGCAGAUUCGUGUGGACAUCCUGGAGAACCAAGCCAUGGACACUGCAAAUGAUCUGGCCCGGGUGUGCUACAGCCCUGACUUUGAGAAGCUGAAGCCAGACUACUUGAAGGGACUCCCCAACACGCUGAAGCAGUUCUCGCAGUUUCUGGGGAAGAGGCCCUGGUUUGCAGGGGACAAGCUCACCUACGUGGACUUCCUGACUUAUGACGUCCUUGACCUGCACCGCAUAUUUGAGCCCACAUGCCUGGAUGCGUUCCCCAACCUUCAGGACUUCAUGAGCCGUGUGCAGGGCCUGAAGAAGAUCUCCGCCUACAUGCAGUCCCCCCGCUUCCGGCCGCACCCCAUUUACUCCAAGGUUGCCGUGUGGGGCAACAAGUGAUCUUCAGGGAGCGGCGAGCUGACUGGCUUCUGGGGACUCCCGGAGUCACUGUGUCAUCCCGAUGUUCCUGGUCACCUCUUCCCUCCCACUGUUCUCAUUUUUUGUUCUCCCUGCCCGUGUCCCCCCAGCCCUGCUGCUCCCCAGUAAAGCCUCCCCCUCA